AGAGCCCAAAUCAUUUCCAUGCGGAUCUUGCAGCAGCCCUUUGCGGCGCCCACCCGCUACAUAAGGUGACACCACCCCACGCCCCACCGGCGUCACAAGCACACUAGCACAGAGCCACCACUAACCAAGAAGCAGAGACGUGAGAGCGACCAGAGCAGGGGAAGCAGAGCAAGGAGGCAGCCAUGGGCGAGGAGGCGAAGAAGGAGGCCAAGAAGGAGGAGGAGAAGCCCAAGGAGGCGGCGGAGGAGAAGGAGGAGGAGAAGCCCAAGGAAGGCGGGGAGGAGAAGAAGGAGGAGGAGUCGCCGCCGCCGCCUCCGCCGCCGGAGGAGGUGGAGAUGCGGGUCUACAUGCACUGCGAGGGCUGCGCCAGGAAGGUCAAGAAGAUCCUCAAGCGGUUCGACGGAGUUGAGGACGUGAUUGCUGACUCGAAGGCGCACAAGGUGGUGGUGAAGGGGAGGAAGGCGGCCGCCGAUCCCAUGAAGGUGGUGGAGCGCGUCCAGAAGAAGACUGGCCGCAAGGUGGAGCUCCUCUCGCCGAUACCGCCUCCGCCGGAGGAGAAGAAGGAAGAGGAGAAGAAGAAGGAGGAGCCCGAGCCGCCGAAACCCGAAGAGAAGGAGCCGCCGGUGAUCGCCGUCGUGCUGAAGGUCCACAUGCACUGCGAGGCCUGUGCGCAGGCGACCAGGAAGAGGAUCCUCAAGAUGAAAGGAGUGCAAUCUGCAGAGCCAGACCUGAAGGCAUCGGAAGUGACAGUGAAGGGUGUGUUCGAGGAGGCCAAGCUUGCCGAGUACGUGCACAAGCGCACCGGCAAGCAUGCGGCUAUAAUCAAGUCCGAGCCGGUUAACCCACCCGAGAAUGCCGGAGACGACAAGGCCAAGGAGGAGAAGGCGGCGGAAGGCGGCGACGAGAAGAAGGAAGACAAGGAGGAGGAGAAGAAGGAUGCCAAAGACGGCGGCGGGGACGAGAAGAAAGACGAGAAAGGGAAGGAGGGUGAAAAUGCCGCCGCCGGUGGCGAGGAGAAGGACAAGGACAAGGAGAAAGACCCCGCCGCCGUCGCCGCCGCCAACCUGUACAUGCACUACCCGCGGUUCGGGUUCCCCGGCGGAUACUACCCGCCGCCCCCGCCCGGCUACGUCUACCAGGCAGCCUACCCGCCGUCGUACCCGCCGCCGUACGCGCCGCAGAUCUUCAGCGACGAGAACCCGAACGCGUGCUCCGUCAUGUAAAAAGUUAGAAGCAUGGGGUCUAGAGCGAGAAAGAAUAAGAGUGGGACGAAAAGGGGGCGGCAUAGCUUGGAGAGGUUGCCAUUGCAGCAAAUGCCCUUGAGCAGAGCGAAUGGCAGCUUGAAGAAAGUACCAGGCUUUUGGCGGUUAGAUUUCCAUUUGUUUUCUAAUCUUCUUUCCUUUUGUAAUUUUAACCUUUUUUUCCUUUCUGGUAUAAAGUAAGUCUGGACUCUCUUGUCAGUCUAUGGAUGCUAUCUCUAUGUAGUAGAA